CCACCACAAGACUGUUGUCCAGAUGCCCGAGACCCCCUACUUCCCGGCCUUCCUCGUUUUGGCGGUGCCGCUCGCAGCUACUGUCACCUUGGCCAUCAUUACUGCGCUCCUUCCUCGACGCCAAUUCAACUUCCGCGGAAAGCAUGUCUUGGUGACUGGUGGAAGCGAAGGUCUAGGCCGUGCCAUCGCGCACCAACUCGUGGCGGCCGGUGCUGACGUCACUAUUGUGGCCCGUCGCGCCGAGGUCUUGCAAAAGGUCGUGGACGAAGUGGCCACGUCGAACUCCCCAAGCCACGGUCGCAUCUUCUUCCAAACUGCGGACGUAACGAGAGAGGAAGCCAUUGAGAGAGCCGUCGCCCAGGCGCAAGCCCAAGUCGGUCCCAUCGACCUCCUCAUUCCGUGUGCAGGAAAGGCUUUGAUGGGGUACAGUGCAAAGAACACGAUUGGCAUUCACCGCAAGGCGAUGGACCUCAACUUCUUUGGCACUUUGAACACGGUCAACGCAGUGCUGCCGACGAUGCGCCAGCGUCAACAGGGAAAGAUCUGCUUUGUCACGACGGGUUGUGCAAUGACGAGUUACAUCGGGUACUCUGCCUACUCUCCAAGCAAAUACGCGGUCCGUGGUCUCGCCGACUGUCUUCGCAAUGAGUUGAGUGCGUCGGGCAUUUCAAUUCACAUUGCGUUCCCGGGCGGCAUGGACACCCCUGGGUUCGCCGAGGAGCAGUUGUCCAAACCGGCUGAGUGCAAGUCGAUCGAGGCGUCGGACACGCUGUACAAGCCCGAGGCGGUCGCGAAAUCGAUCCUAAAGGACGUCAAGAAUGGCACGUACAAUAUCUACUGCGGCGACUUUGGGAUCAACUUGCUCGGCGUCCUCGGUGCUGGCAUGUCCCCUCGCAAGAACCCAGCGUUGGACGUGCUGCUGUUUCCGAUUGCGUCGAUAGCGGCGUGGUUUGUGCGCGGAGACUGGGACAAGGCUGUCAAGACUGGCCACAAGAACGAAUAACGUCUCGAUCUCCCUACGCAAACGUAGCAUGUCGUAACGAGUUCAACUGUUGACCAGUGCGACAAUGCAAUCUGUGUGCCGUAAGUUAAUGGACUGUGCAAGCACUACCACUCACGGCAAUCUCGUCCAUGUCGUUCCUUCGGUGGCCUGGAAGUUUGAGGGAUUCCCGCACCGCAGGGAACCAUGCGUGGCCUCAAUGCACAUGAUCCACGCCGCUUGCGCCAAAUAUACCCGUGUUUUUGCAUUGAUUGUGCUGAAAAGUCUACCAAUUAAACCGAACUUUUUGCUUUGGAG